AUGUUUACGCGUGCUUUGUAUCCCGUUGCUGUAGCUGCAUCUUUAUUGACUGCAGUCGGAUCGUCUAAAGGAGGAGCAUUGCUUACGCAUCUGUCAGAAGAAAGCAACAGAAGCAAUAAGAAGAUUCAUGCAGGCACUGAGUCGUUUUUCCCGAAGAGCAUCAUUUCCUCUGAGAUACGUAAUGGCGUGCCUGGACUAGCAGUUGGAGCAUCACUUAAUGGAGAGGUUGUAAUGCAAGAAGGAUACGGAUUCGCAGACGUCGAACAACUAGUUCCAUGUACCAGGCAUACAACAAUGCGUAUUGCCAGUAUAAGUAAAUCGAUUACAGCAGUUAUUGCUGCGCGCCUAGUCCAGAACCGAGCAAUAGACCUAGAUACUUCCAUAAAGGAUUAUCUGCCAAACUACCCAGCGAAGAAGUACAAUGGCCUACCAGUAGACAUUACUAGCAGGCAACUGCUGUGCCACACGGGAGGAAUUCGACACUACAAUGAGGUACACUGA